UGUUCACAUACUGCGUACUGCAUACUGCAACUGGGCGGGUUUAAUAAAAGUUUAAAUUCAUUCUGAAUCAUUUAAUUAGCAGAAUAAUGACACAAAACUUACAAAACUGCACCCAGGAAGGUGAUGAGAACAGCAACAUGCCCAUAAUCCUAUCCAGCAUCUCUAUCAGUACCAGUACUAACACCAGUUCCAGCACAACCCUCACCAGCAGCACCAUUAACGAUGGCAACAGCACCAACAGCACUAAAAGCUAUAUAUGGACCAAGGACGACACAGCUGAGCUUAUUUCCUGGAGAAUUCGUAAUAAAGCUCUUUUUACUGGCAGACGCAACGCUGCUCUGAAGGGCUUCGAGGAAUUUAUUAAACUGCGUGGGCUGUCUGGAAAGAUCGAUCCUAUUAAAGUCAAGAGAAAAUGGGAGAAUCUCAAGCAAAGAUACAAAGAGCUGAAGACAUGUACAGGUAGGGUGGGUACAGGAGCAGAAGAGACAUCUGCUGCAUCCUGGAAGUGGUUUGCAGCCAUGGAUGAGGCACUGAAACAAACACCCUGCAAAAAUGAACCCAUACUUUGUAUUUCAUCUGGCCAGGAAGUGAUGCUGACCCCACGUCUCUCACUGGCCCGCAAGAAAUCCCAGAACAUAGUCAUCCCUGUAAAAAGACGAAAGGAGCAAGAGCUGCCAAACAUCAUACAGGCAAUGCUGGAUAGGGAGGAAGAAAGGGAGAGAAUUUAUUUAGAGAAGGAUGAGAGAAGAGAGUGGGAAGCACAGGAAAGAGAGGAGAGGAAGGAAAAAGAGCGUCUAGACAGGGAGGACAAAAGAGAGAAGGAACGGAUUGACAGAGAGGAACGGAUGGAGAGGGAGCGUAAAGAGUGGGAGGAAAGAAGGGAUAGGGAGAGCAGGGAGAGGGAGGAGAGAAGGGAAAGGGAAUGGAUCGAGAGAUUAGAAAGAUGGGAGAAAGAGCGUAGAGAAUGGGAGGACAAAAGAGAGAGGGACAGUCGGGAGAGAGAGGAGAGAUGGCACAGGGAAAACCAGAUGAGGGAGGAAAAGCUUUUGGAAGUUAUUAAACUGAUAAUGGAGAAAAAAUAAAUCAUAUUUGUA